AUGAGAGAAUUUAAUCCAUAUAAAAAAAGAUCAGGAAGUAUAUAGAGUAAUGAACCAGAUCUCUUAUUUCAUGUUAAUCUUAAAAGUAGAAGAAAAAGCUGUACUUGUAAUUAAUGUGGAAAAGAUAGUGAAUAUUAAAUAAGGUUUCAUGAUGUUUAGAUUUUAUAAUGGACAUAAAUAUAAAAUAAUAAUGAAUUAGAUAAUUCAACAUAAUAAGAAAUUAAAAGACUUGAACAAUUAUAAAAUAGAUUAAAAACUUGUCAAGAAGAAUUUGAAAAAUUUGAUUUAAUGUCUAAAAAAAGAAGAAAAAGUUGUUAUUGUUCUGAAUGUGGUAAUUUGACAUAAUAUGAAGUAAGAAAUUAAAAUAUACCAUUAUUCAAACCAAUUACCAUUAAAAAUUCUAAAAAUUCAAGAAAAGUCCAUUAAUUAAUAUCGAACAUUAACAUGUGUAAUAAAUAUUUUAAAUUUUAGAAACAAAGAGUCAAUUUUUUAGGAAUUUUAAAUAAUAAAAUCAUGCAUUAAUGUAUUAGUUUACUCAUUAAACAUCUAAAACAACAACAAGAUUACUCAAAUAAUCUAAACUUAAAUUACCUAAUUUUGAUACUAGACUAUCUUUGACUCCUAAAUUAUAAAAUUCCCCUUUAAGUGAAUAAUCAUCACCAUAAUAACUUAAAAUGAAUUCCUUUGAUAAUACACUAAAUGCUGUAUAUUUAAAUCCAUAUUUGGGAUCUCCUAAAAAGUUUCUUUCCCCUCCUCGAAAUUUUGCUCCAAAAUUGCCUCCAAUUACUUAUAAAAUAAAAGAUGAAUAAUUAUCUUAAAGAAGAUCUUUAAUGCGUAAACGUGAUUGA